CAGUGCCACAGCGCUCAAUGCGUCUCCAAGUGCGCACGACUAGUCCGCAGCGGCGCUCCGCACGAGCGUUUAUUCCUGGAAGCGCAGCUUUUCUCCCUCAAUCGUCCUUUCCAACAGGUGGACAAGUCGACGGGAACGAACAUCCGCUGGAAUACUGCGCGAGGUGGAACCGGACGCGUCGCUGAAGCCGGUGGAAUCCACCCGGGAAACUUGUGUCGGUUCCAUUUCUUGAGCGGUGAGCUGAAUGCGGAGUGCGCCCCCCUUCCUCCGCCCCCUCCCUCCACAUAAGACCGCAUGGAAGUCGUGAUGAAAACGGACCGAAUCCGGGUGGACAAUAGGGGUACUUUCAAGGUUCCAACAAUGAGAUGAGAGGACGCAGACUGGACACCAAGCGACAGGCAGAAAGGCGCCACGAGGCACGAGGCGCUGACACCUCGGCGGUCCUCAUGCAGAUCCACGCCGCAGUUUUCACAUCUGGGAUGUUCGUAAUCUACUGAGUACCUGUUCUUCACACAAGGAAUGUUUUUUACGUUACCAUCUCACCAUAGAUAUUCAGUUCCCAGCCUGGCCAGUUCAGGGUCUUUUUUUUAUUAAAAAAGAAACAUUUUCACAAAUGUCUAUAUAGCAAUCUCAAACAAAUGUCCAGCACCUAAGACAUCUUUCUUUUCGGGAUGGAGUUAUUUUCUUUGAAGGAGGGAAAUGGGAGGCAUCUUAGGAUAUCCAUGAUUGUUCACCUUGAGUUUAAGAGGAGAUGACAGGGGACAAUGGAAAAAAAAGAUGUUGCUUAGGAACACUUGCUGACAGUGAACUGCAUAAUGCUCCUUCAAUAUCCAGUACUUUGGUGCUUUAUAUUAGCUCGCAUUUGAGCCCUCUUACAGUCCUGCUCGUUCAGAAACAUCAGAAUUUGGCCACAAUAUAGUUGCUAGUUCAAAACCUUGACCUUUACGGAACAUUACGUUUUACGUAACAUUACGGCUGGAAGUAACUUUAACCGGCUUGUCAUCACCGCAAGGUUGCCAGGCAACCAGCAGAGAUUUCCGCAAGUUAGGGCAAGCCAAGACAUAGUGAACCUAUUAACCUCUGAAAAUGUUCCACUAAUUUCUUGUGCAGACUAAGCAUGCAAGAUGAAACCUCUUGAUUAGUGGACUUUACUGUGAGUUGCUAGAAUUUCUCGAUUUAUGACUGAGCUUGGCUGAGGCCUUUUUCUUUCUAGCCAUUCUUUAUGUUAAGCUAAGCAAAAAAAAUGGUUUUGUUUUAGAAACAUACUUUUACCCCUCUUUAUGAAUUGCAUCGACAGGUUUGUUUUUGUUCUCAUAAACUAACUGAGCUGCUGGUAAUCUUUUUCAUUUUACAGAAACAGUUAAACAAUGCUACUUUGUGAACCUCCAUAUUCAGUGUUUAAUUACGAUCUACUGUGCUAGCUACAAUGCUAAAAACAACAUUUUUGCUGUCACUAGGCAACAACCAAGUCAGUGGAUGCCAAUCAAUUAGCAAACAUUACUAAUUUCAUGAACUCAUAUCCAUUUCAGCUGCAAAUCUUCAAGCCGGUAUCUUUCUCUGUCACUAAAACCCAUUCCCCUCUGCUUCUGCCCUCUUCUCAUCUUCCCUUCCUCGUCUUAGUCAACACUAACAACACCUUUGAUCCUGCCCCUUCGACUGUAAACUCCCCCAGCUUUGCACCGGUGGGACCAGUGUUUGCAGGGUGAGCUGAAGCCCGGGGGGAGAUGUCACAGCUGUACUACCGACGGACUGACAGCUCCUCGUACCGGGACCGCAUCCCGCUGAGGAUUGUGCGGGCCGAGUCGGAGCUGUCACCUUUGGAGAAAGCCUACCUUGGAGCUGUGGAGAAGGGAGACUACGCCAGUGUCAAACAGGCUCUUGAGGAGGCAGAAAUCUAUUUCAAGAUCAACAUCAACUGCAUCGACCCUCUCGGCCGCACGGCGCUCCUGAUUGCCAUCGAGAACGAGAACCUGGAAAUCAUCGAACUCCUGCUGAGCUUCAGCGUCUACGUCGGUGAUGCCCUGCUGCACGCCAUCCGCAAGGAAGUGGUCGGAGCUGUGGAGCUGCUGCUUAUUCACAAGAAGCCAAGCGGGGGCAUGCAGGUUCCUCCUAUCUUAUUGGACAAGCAGUUUUCUGACUUCACCCCUGACAUCACUCCUGUCAUUCUCGCUGCACACACCAACAACUAUGAAAUUAUAAAACUGCUGGUGCAGAAAGGUGUGUCUAUGCCGCAGCCUCAUGAGGUGCGCUGUAACUGCGUGGAGUGUGUGUCUAGUUCAGACGUGGACAGCCUGCGGCACUCGCGUUCCCGCCUCAAUAUCUACAAAGCGCUGUCGAGUCCCUCGCUAAUUGCGCUCUCCAGCGAGGACCCCUUCCUCACUGCGUUCAGGCUCAGCUGGGAGCUGCAGGAGCUCAGCAAGGUGGAGAAUGAGUUCAAAUCAGAGUACGAGGAGCUGUCCCAGCAGUGCAAACAGUUUGCCAAGGACCUCUUGGACCAGACAAGAAGCUCCAGAGAGCUGGAGAUGAUCCUCAACUACAGAGAUGACAUAAACCUAUUGGAUGAAGAGGGCCACAAUGACCUGGCAAGACUCAAACUAGCUAUCAAGUACUACCAAAAAGAGUUUGUAGCUCAGCCAAACUGCCAGCAGCUUUUGGCGUCCCGAUGGUAUGACGAGUUCCCCGGCUGGAGGCGGCGCCACUGGGCUGGGAAGUUCUUCACGUGUGUCUUCAUCGGCCUCCUCUAUCCCGUGUUCGCCCUCUGCUACCUCAUCGCUCCGAAGAGUCGCCACGGCCUCUUCAUCCGCAAGCCCUUCAUCAAGUUCCUCUGCCACACGUCAUCCUACCUGACCUUUCUGUUCCUGCUGCUCCUCGCCUCCCAGCACAUUGUCACCACGGAGCAGGACCGGCAGGACAGACAGGGCCCCGCACCCACCACUGUGGAGUGGAUGAUCCUGCCCUGGGUGCUGGGAUUCAUCUGGGCAGAGAUCAAACAAAUGUGGGACGGUGGUUUCCAAGACUACGUCCACGACUGGUGGAACCUGAUGGACUUUGUCAUGAACUCUCUGUACCUGGCCACCAUCUCUCUAAAGAUUGUAGCCUACACGAAGUACAGUGGUAGCAGACCGAGGAACCAGUGGGAGAUGUGGCACCCAACACUCGUGGCUGAGGCCGUGUUUGCCAUAGCAAACAUUUUCAGUUCGCUGCGCCUCAUCUCGCUGUUCACAGCCAACUCUCACCUGGGGCCUCUGCAGAUCUCUUUGGGGAGAAUGCUGCUGGACAUCCUGAAGUUCCUCUUUAUCUACUGUCUGGUCCUACUUGCCUUUGCCAAUGGGCUGAACCAGCUGUAUUUUUACUACGAGACCAAAGCUUCAGAUGAGAGGGGGAAAUGCAAAGGCAUCCGCUGUGUGGAGCAGAACAACGCUUUCUCCACGUUAUUUGAGACCCUGCAGUCUCUCUUCUGGUCAAUCUUCGGUCUGAUCAGCCUGUAUGUGACCAACGUGGACGCUGACCAUCAGUUCACUGAGUUCGUCGGCGCCACCAUGUUCGGCACAUACAACAUCAUCUCACUGGUGGUGCUCCUGAACAUGCUCAUAGCCAUGAUGAACAACUCCUACCAGCACAUUGCCGAUCAUGCUGACAUCGAGUGGAAGUUUGCCAGGACAAAGCUGUGGAUGAGUUACUUCGAAGAAGGGGCCACUCUGCCACCCCCGUUCAACAUCAUCCCCAGUCCCAAGUCUUUCUGGUACCUUAUUUGCUGGAUCAAGAGACAAGUGUGCAAGAGGACCAGAGCCAAGCGCCCUGGAACCUUGGGGAGUCUUGGAAGGCGUGCAGCAGAAAACCUGAGGAUGAACCAUCAGUAUCAGGAGGUGCUGAGGAACUUGGUGAAACGUUAUGUGGCCGCCAUGAUCAGAGAUGCUAAGACAGAGGAAGGCCUGACUGAAGAGAACUUCAAGGAGCUGAAACAGGAUAUCUCCAGUUUUCGUUAUGAGGUGAUGGGCUUGGUGAAGACGGGGAAGCCUGCUCUGCAAGGGGUGAUGGCCAGCGGGAGCUCAGUGGACCCCAACUCCUUGCUCAAGGUUUCUCCCUCCCCCCAGAGCAGCCAGGUGAAGAGCAAACUCAACCGUUUCAAGAUCAUCGCGUCCCUCCUCAAGCAGAGCGGGAACUCCCCCAAAGAUGCCGCCGACUCGGGUUUAUUUCAGAAACGCCACUGUAGUGGGAACGAAGCCACUUUGGGCGCAGGAGGAGGUUCUAGAGACAUGUGCUGUUUGCCAGAGGAGGCAGGGGAGUCCUGUGGCUCGGACGCACAGACUCAACCAGAAGGUAAGGAUGAGGAAGGACUCCCGCACGCAGAGAGGAAAGAGGAAGCUGUGACGAAUGAGGCCCCGAAGGAAAACAUCGAUGUAUCGGAGACUUACGAUGAAGGUGGAAAAAAAGAAACAGAGGAAAAGGAAAAGGAGAGUUUGCCCUGCAGUGACUCAAUCGCUGGUGGAUGUUUGUCAACGUCGUCCGGAGAAGAAGCAUAAGCUAGGAUGGUACGCAGCUAAACCUGAAGGCCAAGUGAUGCUGGACUGAAGAAAGGAGGGAUAGAGACAAUUCAUGCGAGUUUCAAGGAAGGCAAAGACUUUUAACUUUUCCAACUGUUGAUCAGAUGUGCUCUUCGGAGACUAUUUUGGUGUAAGUGUUUUAAAUGCAGUUAAAAAAGAAGUGGAGAUGCAGCCACGGUAAACUGAGGUCAACGUGAUCAUAGCAAGGAUUUAGAUUUUCGGACAAAAUCUAUUUUAUUCCCACUCUAUAAAGAAAUAAUUUCUAAGCUCUGAUUAUGCAACACAAUCCUGUCAAUGUUUUUCUAUGCAAAACUUGGGAUUGUGAUUCUCAUCAUUCUGAAGAGGACAGAGGCACGUUUAACAGUGAUGUUCAGGACGUAGGAAGUAUUCUCAUACAUAAAGUUGAAUGUUACUGAUGAAGAUUAAUGGGGGAUACACACGUUUAAAAUAACAUGUUAUUGAUGUUUUUAUUCACUCCCACAGAAAAUAAACAUGCUAUUUUGUGAGAAACGUUAAAUUAAAUUAUUAUUAAUUAUUAAAUAUAUUUUUUUGGAGGGUGUGGGAGGGGGUUCUAUUGUUGCUGAGUCGUUUCUGUUAUUAAGAUUUUACUUUUGCAGACAAUAAUUUAAUUUAGGUAUUCACAGUUUGAACUCAGAAACCACUCACUCCGUCAAAAAGUCACGCAUGAAAAGAAAACGACCCCGUGACUGGACUUUUUUAACACAUUUUUCCCCAACUGAUCUUUUGGCUGCUUUCUUUCACUUUUUUUAUUUGUUCAUCAAUGAGUUCAAUCUGCUAACAAUUGAUGAGGAACAUGAAUAAGAGAUUAAGUAUUGAACAGUCGGUGAAACUGCUCCACGUGGGAUUAAGCUGUGCAGAAACGCCCUCGGGUUCGCGAUUGAUCUGCCAACUUGAACCAGACUGUCAUUGAUGCUGCAACACAUCAUUGAAAAGGAAGUACACAAGCACGCUCAGACUCACAAUGCAAAUGCAAUACAAAACGGAUCAGUUCUGUAACUCCCGAUAGUCUUUAAAUAUGAAUACACAAGGUUCACAGUUUCAAUUACAUCUAUCCAAAUGAACAACACACAUACAUGCAAAAAUGAACAUGCAUUAACUUGUAAACUUGAUGUAAACUUUAGUUUUUGGUGUUGUUACAUAUGUUAAUGACAUUUUUAAAAUAUCUGUAAUCCAAUUUACAGAUGACUCACACAUGGCUGCACUGACAAGUCAUCUCCACUAAGGGGGGAUAUCAUCACAGAUUUGGGUUUCCUUCUCAGGGCUUCUUCUGUGCCAAUAUCGCUUUGCAGGAUUUUAGAUCAAACGAACCACCUAAAACCUGGAGUGAACUGUGGAAAAGUUCUUUGGGAAGCCACAGUGCAACCGGGUUGAAGUUCCUGUUAAAGGUCUGUGGAAAGCUGACAGAACAGAUACAAAUGUAUUAUAUUUGUAUCUGCUUCGGUGUUUGGGUGGGGAUUUAAAACAAAAAAAGGCAAGGAAAUUAUUAAUCAUUUCCAAACAAUGUGAAUUCCAGGCUGGGCUGCAGAUGAGUUCCCAGUAUGAAAAGUUGUUUUUAAAAAUUAAGAUAGCUCAGCCUCCAGCACCAUGCUGGAUCAGAGGGGUCAUGUCAGUUCAUCUGUAAUGGUCUGUAAUGAAUUAUGUUGAUCAUUCCACGCAGAUAUCUUCAUUUCUGCCCUCUGUGUAUUUUCCUUAACCAAGGACACCCAAAGUAAAACGUUCUAGUCUUUGCUUUGCUGCAUUAUAUACAUUUAUUAUAAUAAACUUAACAUUCACAUAUA